CCAGUAUCAAUAUGCAGACACACUGGAGUGAACUCUAACCACUACAGUUGCUACCGGCAAGCCCAUGGAAGUGCCAUCUCCUUCGUCCCCCGGAGUUCCACCGGUCCAACUGCGAGACUGCCUAGAGGAACUACUGAAAUUCACGCUCCUUUCCUCCAUUAAUGGCAAAAUCAACACCGGCCUCUCUACUCAUUAUUGUUCAAAGCUCCUUGAAGACGACGAUCCUGGAAACCCUUUCCCCGUCGACUACGGAGUUUCUAGCGGUGUUCCAUCAUAUCCUUUAUACAAGCACCUGGCAGCCUCUCUUUAUCAGUUAAUACAUUCUGGAACAUUGUGUACAACACAUAAAGAAAUUGUACCCAUGCCUGAAGAUCGUUCCUUAAAGAAUAAGGACGGAGAAUGGAACAAGCUGGUUAUGGAAAAGGGUUCUUCUUUACUGAGUAUGCUGAAACAAGUGGAUUUUGAGCUCCAUGUUCAGGAGCCUUUCUUUUCCCAGCUCAAUGAUGGACUGAAAACAGUUGAAGGACGAUGUGCUGUUGGAGACUACAAGAGAAUUCAAUGUGGAGAUUUGCUGUUAUUCAACAAAUGUCUGACACUUGAAGUCAAGGUGUCCAAAUCUAUAGAAGAUUCUAUUCGGAAGAAAAGGAAAGGUCAAAUGGUGUUCUUGCUAUAUGCGUUAAAAUGCCGCCUUCUCAGCCUCAUUGGAGUUCAGAAACUACUUGGCUUUGUUGAGACUACAGGAACAAAUCCAGAAUUACUUCCUCCUCCAGCUUCAACUCUACUGUCAACAUUUUCGGCACCACAUAAUCCUGAUGUUAAAGGUUCAAAUUUGACAAAUGGUGCCAGGGCUCUGGCAAAGCAUGUUAACAGAAGCAGAGAAGGAUAUUGGGGCUUCUUACGUGGCAGCGACACUGAGAAAAAUAGGCACGCAAUGGAUGUAAUUAGAAGCCUUUUGAGCCACUGUAGCUGGAUGAACAUGCAUAUUGUUCGACCACAUGGAAAUGUCUUAGAGGUUAGGAUGGAUGAUGGUUAUGGUGCAAGGUGGUCUGGGGAUGGAUCUAAGCCGAAGCAAAUUCACGAGAUUAAGGACUUCUUGCUUACAGCUAGGAGGAAGGACGCUCAAUCUGUGAAGAUCAAGAGGAGCAAAGAUGUUGUCAAGUUCAAGGUUAGAUGCUCAAAGUAUCUGUACACCCUCUGUGUCUUUGACCCUGAGAAGGCUGACAAGUUGAAGCAAUCCCUUCCCCCA